AUGCAGGGAUACUAUAUUGAUGUAUCAUUGGACGCAUCCCCACGAAAACGAGAGGACUGGACAGUUGAAUUAAUUGGUGCUCGUCUGUCAGUUUUGUUAUUUCCUACAGCACUUUUUGGCUUUUGGAAAAACACAGUUCUCGAAUUUAAUAGCAGAGGAAGAGAAAUAUUGGCCCUCAACCAUUCAUUACUUAUAGCAGCAACAUUGUCCCCUCUUGAACAUCUCUCUCUCUUUCUAUCUACCUAUGAACCUACUGGUUGGCACCUGCUCUCCACAAAAAAUGUGCACCAUUUCGCACUCUUAGUAUACAGACUUUUUGUGCUAUAUGCCGCAACCAAUCCAAAGCUCCCCUCGCUCCUUUGCCACUCGCCACACGACAAUUGGACACCUUUUGAUCAUUUCCCAUCCGUCAUUCAUCUCGUAAUAUAUGGUAUAGAGCUAUCCUCCAUACCCUCUCUUACUGAGUCACCCUCCACUACUGUGCUCCUACAUUAUUUGCUACGACUGACUGUCCGAUCUGUUGUACUGCUGUUGAUACUUUGCAUCAAUCCCUUUACCUAUGCCCUCAAAAACUGA